CUAUGACGGCAGCAAACCCGUGGCGGCUCACUUAUUAACGCUACACUUGGAGAGAGGACUUUAGGAACCCGGUUCGGUCCAGUGGAGCCAUCGAUCCGUUCGCAGCGCCGCGCGCGCCACUCUUUCUCCGGAGGUUGCCUGGUUAAAUUCCGCCGGUCGGUUUUUUUUUUUCCGCCGUUCAGCAAGGCAGCAGCAAAACGAGCGUCUGUCCCCAACAAGGACUGACCCUGAAACUGAGCGGAGACGAGACUGGCCUUUGCAGACAUGCUGAUGUAUGAUUACCCUCCAAAGACAGACAUGGAGACGUCCUUCUACCCUUCCUCAGUGACAACCGCAGAGCCAUACGGAGUGAUCUUUCCCCAUCCUAGUGCCUUCUACAGAAUGCCCAUGCACACCUUCACCCAGUGCAACUCAACACAGCAGGAGCCAGUGGACCUGUCCGUCAGCAAACGCUCCUCUUCCACCUCUUCAGCUUCUUCCACAUCGCCAGCAUCCUCCCCAGCCUCCCCUCCCAGCUCUCCAUCCUCAACCUACAGCUCAGUGAGCCGUGCCUCUCCCUGCUCCCCGCACUCCCACCUUCACUCUUCGCCCACUCAACCCCUCCCCCCACCGACUCACACAAUGUCUUACCCAUCUAUGGUCAUACAAAGUCCAAGGGUUAUGGUGUCACCGCUUGUUCUGCCCCUGCCUCUCAUGUACCCGUCACCUAUUCACCUUCAUCCGCCGAUAAUUGUGAGCCCACCUCUCCCCAGUGAUGAAAGCCAUCCUACCAGCAGAGAACAUAAGUAUGUUCACUCUGCGAAGCAUGGGGAGGUCCAUGAGCUGCACAAGUCAAUAAAAACGGAGUCUCAGUCUGAACUUUCUCAGGACGCUCUGAGCAGCCAUGAGAUUAAAUCUCCUGUCAUCAGGAUACCCCACGAUUACGAGUGCAACAAUCCAUCAGUGAUAGUUCGCACAGGGUCUACGCAUCCUUUACCUGCAGAAUCACCUGACACGCUAAAAAAACGCAGAAUUCAUCGCUGUGAUUUCUCUGGCUGCAACAAAGUGUACACCAAGAGUUCCCACCUCAAAGCGCACCGCAGAACGCAUACUGGAGAGAAACCCUACAAGUGUGUGUGGGAAGGCUGCACAUGGAAGUUUGCCCGUUCAGACGAGCUAACGAGACACUUCCGCAAGCACACAGGAGUCAAACCUUUCCAGUGUCCUGACUGCGAACGCAGCUUCUCCCGCUCAGACCACCUGGCGCUACACAAAAAGCGCCACCUUCUAGUGUGAAAGUCUCUACGUCUCCUCAGGGCGCCUGUUUAGAACACUUUCACCUCAUUCAAAAGAGCCGGGAAUGCCUUGCUACUCUGUGUUCAGCUCAUUUAGACAUUUAUGGUGGCUGUGUCAGACCUCUGAUCAGCUGUGGAGGGCCCUGAGUGGCUGCAGAAUCUCAGCUGGCUUGAGAGCAGCACCCUCAUGUGUCUGCAGAGACAACCUGCAUCAUCAACCAAGUCUUGGCAUGCUCAAAUUCUUUAAUAAAACAUAGGAUCUCUGUAGUUACUUUUUGGGCUUGAUACAUACUUUUAUACACAUUAUUUGCUAGCUAGGACAAUAAAA